AAGUUAAGAGGAGUGGGCGGAAAAAGGAUAAAAACCCGUCGGCUAACCUGAGAGAAGCCUGGGUCACAUCCUUCUAUUCUACGAUAAGCUUGCCAGCUAACCCUAUAGCUAGUCAAGCUAAUAGUGAUUGCCGGCCGCAGAGUUUAGCUUGCGGUUCGGCAUUAAUGGGAGUUGUAUACAUGGCUUAUCCCAUCUCCCUCAACCCCAUGUAUGUCGCAUCUUUUUUUCCACAAGAAGAGGCCUGGCUGGAGGAGGUGUUAGCCGGGUUGGCUAAGUUGGAUCGGGAAGGCCUCGGCGGCGCCAUUUUGAAUCCAGCACCUUAAUUUAAAGCUAGUCGUCCACGAGCAGUCAGAGCCCUUUCCACCCCCGCUGGUCAGAUUGAUGAGGGUGAGAGGAAUCUGCUCCAUCGAGAAAAAUCGCCCUCAUGAUUUUUGUCACCACUUCUGGGAGCUAAUAGUUUUUGUCCAUGCCCCCGGUGCAGACGGCCUUUUGUUCGGGAGAGGCCGGCGGGGUUCACACCGAGGCCCGGUUUGGUGGCUUAUCGACCAGCGUGGCUGUUAUGGAUGGAUCGGUGGACUUCAACCCCCCGGUAGUGUCCAUAAAUGGCGAAUCUUCACCCCCUUUAUUGUAUCAACGUCUAGACGAGUCCCAACAAAGCCCCAAUCAAAAUGGCGUGGCCUCAAAAUGGACGCCUAGAUAAUCCACUCUCCCGGAGAGGGGAUGGCCGGCCAUUUUAUAGGUGUUUUCACGAUCAUUCCCCGUUUCCUUGUGGACAAUUCCCCUUCCCGCUCCGUGAGAGCCAUUUUCGUGGCCUGCUAAAGAACUCUUUCGGGUGAACCGGGAAACAUGGUGCAACGCUGGAGGCCACGCUGCUUCAGAUGGCGACCCCCAGUGUACCCGAGGAUCGUGUCUGGAGAAUCUUUGGUGGAGGCACACAUGGCAACAGUACUGUGGGCAAUAUUGGUACAAGCUGUUCAGGGGUUUCAUGAAGAUCCGGGGCGGGGGGUAAUUCUGCUAAAAUCGCUUCCAGAUAAGUGGCAGCACGACAUGUUCGACAACGGCUUCAGUGGCUUCAAUGGUGCUGCUGGAGGUGGCGGAGGAGGAGGCGUGGAAACUGGAGGGAAGCUCCUCGUCUCCAAUCUCGACUUCGGUGUCUCGGAUGCAGACAUUCAGGAACUCUUUGCUGAAUUUGGAACUCUGAAGAAGGCGGCGGUUCAUUAUGACCGAUCAGGGAGAAGUCUGGGAACUGCAGAUGUCCACUUUGAAAGAAGAGCAGACGCACUCAAGGCCAUGAAGCAGUACAACGGCAUCCCACUCGAUGGGCGACCCAUGAACAUCCAACUCGUCACAUCACAGAUCGACACACAGAGACGACCUGUACAGGGUCUGAACAGAGGUGGCGGCGGAGGCAUGAACAGAAAUCGAGGGGGUAGCUUCGGCGGCAUGCAGAGAGGUCGAGGAGGCCGUGGUGCCGGCGGUCCAGGGGGUCCCAGAGGACGUGGUCGAGGAGGACGUGGCGGAAACCCUAAGGCGGCGGCGAUGUCUGCAGAGGAACUCGACGCACAAUUAGACGCCUACAAUGCCAGGAUGGACACGACAUAAACUGAAGUCUUCCCCCCCCAUGUCCCUUCCUGUCUGCACAGAAGGGCCCUCGUCAGAAAUGUGCAGAAUAUUUUACACUUGUCUUCUGGUGUGAUUGAAAUUGUUGUUGCAACUCCUCCUUUUAAAUGGUCCGAAGUGUUUUUUACCAGUUGUUUUUUUCUCUUCAUGAACAUGCUUUUGGUUGUAGGUAAAUGUGAAUUGGGGUUCCCAGUUCUUUCCUCUUCUCUGUAGUUACUGAGACUUGUAAUAAAACCUGCAGUGCUUAUUGACCAAA